CGCGCGCGAUGGCGUCCAAGGCGGGCGCGCGCGCCGCGGGCACGGACGGCAGCGACUUCGCGUUCCGUCAGACCGUGGACUCCAAGUACCAGCGCGCGGCGGACGCGCGCGCGGGAUGCAAGCGCCUCCUGUCGCUCCUGCUCGUCUACUUCCCGGCGCAGCUGAUGUUUUACGUCGGUCCGAUCGUGAUGAACAAGGCGGACGUGGCAAACGGGCGAGGGACGCCGUUCGCGGCGUGCGCGUUCGUGGGGUUCGCGCUGACGUUCGCCGCGCACGCGCACGUGCGCGGGAACAAGCUGAACGCGCGAUGGCUGGGAGGGAUCACCAAGGCGAGCGAGCGAUGGAUUAUAUUCGAUUCGAAAAACGAUUCGAUUCUUUUUUCCGUGAUCACGUGCCUCGGGAUCUUGAACCUCGCCGGCGGCGUCGCCGCGCGCGCGUUCUCGCCGCAGGACGAAUCCACGGCGUGGACCGCGGCGAACGCGGUGGGAAAGGUGAUUCGAGUCCGACCGGGGAGGGCGUACCCCGCGGUGGUCGCGACGGAGCUGAUGCUCGAGAUCGUCGGCGCGUUCGUGCCGAUGGCGAUCGCGACCGUCGCGCGGAAGCUCGUCGUGUACAGCUCCCCGAGCGCGAAGACGCACUGAGACGCGCGCGCGCGUAGACUCGUAGACUCGUUUUAAAACGCGAAAUCGCUCUCGCUACCA